UCCCAGCUGAUCAGUUCCACUUACAUAUGUACUUCCUCUUCUGCUAAGGCACCUACCUAUCUUCUGUCUGAUUUGUGGACAAAUAUUAUUCUAGGAGCAUGAAGAAUCUUCAGAGGACUGAGGAGCAGCUGGUCAGAAUGAGGAGGUGGCUUUGGCAUUCGGGGCUUCCAAAGGCCCAGGCACUGCUGCUGGCAGCCUGGGAGGUAUAUUCAAAGCCUGUCCCAGCCAGCUGCGGGCAACUAUUAAUUCAGCUUCUGCUGUGCGCUCUCAUCUCUGGGGCUGCUGGUGGGCUCGCCUACAACUGGUUGACUGUCUCCCUGGUCUACUCAGUAAGGACCUCUGUGACAGGAGCCAUGGCUUGUGGCUUCUUGCUUUUCCUGGCCCUGGGUCUAGUCCACCCAGCCCGGUGUCUGCUUGCCAUCACCGUGCCCACAUUAGGCACGAGGCAAGGGCGCCGCCUGCUUCUGUCAUCUGGUUUUGCCGAGCUGGCCACUCAUGUGGUACCCAACAUUCUGGCCAAUGUGGGUGCUACCACCCAGGUGCUAAGGUGUGUGGCCCAGGGCUCUCUGGAGAGCCUGCUCAACUCUACCCACCAGCUAGAGGCUGCCACAGUGGCACUGGACCAGGCAGCUGGGCGGGGACUGACUCUGGAGACCACUAGCAACUGCUCUGCCCUGUAUCUCCAGAUGCUUGUGGCCACCCAGAGAGUCUAUGAGGAUGUGUCGGCCCUGGAGGCACUGGUCCGGGGACUGGCUCUGGGCACCAGUCGGGUGCUGGCUGGAAUCUUCAUACUCUCCCUCCUGUCUGAGUCUACGUGGUAUCUGAAGGGCUAUCUGACCAACCUGCAGUUUGAUAACCUCUAUCACAGCAAACAACUGGAGCAGCUGCUCAGAGAGAACCAGGACAGUCCCCUGGCAGCAUCUCCUCCAGCUCUGGUCCUCAGGACGACUGGCCUGAAGCUCUCCCGGGCUGAAAUUUUCCACUGUCUCUUUCGCCUGGCAUUUCUGGGUAUGCCCCUGGGGGCCAUGGCUGUGAUUGUGGCUGCAGAUUAUGUGGCCUUCCUUCUGGCGCGCAUGGCUGUGGACUGGGCCCAGAAGCUGCCUACGCUGCCCAUCCAUCUGAGCAUCAAGUAUGAUGCCAAGUACACAGUCCUUGCCUUCGUCUCCUUCAUCUUCAAUCAGCCUUCUGAAGAGAGAUCCUCGGACACAUACCAAGACUCAUAUAAGUGGGAGCUACGCUUCACCUCGGCCAGUUGCCAGUUACACUCAGCUCAUCCCCCACAAUACACAGCUGCAUUGGCCGCUGGGACCCUCUUCCUCUUUGCUUCUGCCACAGUCUUCCUGGAGACCUAUGCCCGCCGGCUGGGCCACAGAGUGGCUGCCUCAUUCUUCCAGGCUCGGGAGGAGCAGAGGGCCCGAUACCUGUUUGCCAGGCUCCACCGAAGCCAUCAGAAGAGGCAGGUAGAAUCCAUACAUGCCCGAGUUUCCUCUUGCUCACAUUCCCUAGUCCCCUAGUCUGGAUUGGGUCUGGGACCAUUCAGACAAGUGAGGAGUUGAGGAUUGGGGGGGUACCUUAGAAUGCUGUGAGAAUCUCAGGGAUGCUCCCCUGGGUCACCCCCUCAGACCUUCUGAAGGAAGACAGAGCCCCCUUUCUAGGCUGUCAAAUUCUUCCCACGUAGGAUUUGAACCCAGCUGGAACACCCAAGCUGGAAGGCAUCUCAAAAUGAAAGUCAGAAAAGAAAGGAAUGGACCUCAAAACAAACCAAUUGAUCCGCAAGCCUUUAGUAAGCACCUACUAUGUUCUGGGUACAGCGCUAGUCAAAAGGGACACAAUGACAAAAAAUGAAGCAAGCCCUGCUCUCAAGAAAUUUAUGUUCUAAUCCAUCCUUCUCAUCUUACAGAGGAGGAAACUGAAGACCAGAGAAGAAAAGUUCUUAGGUUCAUAGCUCAAGAACUGGAAAGUUCUAGAACCUCAAAGGCCAGCUAGGUCAACCCUGCCAUUUGUAUAGAUAGAACUGGGUUCCAUAGAGAUCAAUGGACUUCUCCAAGGUCACACAUAUACCAAGUGAUGGUGGCGUGGUUUGAACCCAGAUAGAUAUUCUCAGUCUAGAACCAAUACUCUUUCCCUCCUUAAGCAGAUGGUAGCAGAGCUAGAAUUCAAACCUGAGCCCUCUGGCUCCAAAACUGGGGCUCUUCUUCUUCCACCACACUGUUUUCCCACGGCCUAUUUUAGACCCUCCUGAAUUCUCAAAGCUCUCUUGACUCUAUUUAUAUUUUUCUGCUUUGUUGCUUUAGAGCAGGUAACAAGGUUUAUGGUUUGACAUGCUUUUCUAGCUCUUCUGGUCAGUUUUGACCAUGGUUCCGAGCUGUUUUAUUUUGCUCUUUGAUCAUUUCCUGAUGGUGACUCAUCUCCCCAAAUCAGAGUUCCAUGAUGGCCAGACCUGCGUCCAUUGCCUCUGUCUCCACCCUACCCUGUCCAGGGUGGAGCUGAGCAUUUAAUAAAUAUUUAUCAAUA